UCUUUCUCCAGUUUUUUUCUCGACAAAGUGACAGAGUAUUAUCCAACCGCUCCAGCAACAGAGGCAAUCGGGAAGUUCUAUCUGGGCGCUAUCACCUUUCCGGCUAUCCUCCUCACUAGCUAUAAGAAGCGGAAAAGAGGACGCACGGUGACAUUUUAUGAAUUAUUCACCUAUACACAUACGACUAAUCACGAUGAGGAAACGUUUAUUGGUGAAAAGGCACAAAAAGUUCAUGAUGAAGUUGAGUUACAGCGAGAGUUUUUGUCUCAAGCCGGAGAGAAUGUGAAUGAUAAUGAAAUAUACUAUGAAUCUGUUGGAGGACAUGACAAGCAAGGAAACAUUUAUGGAUUGGGUUCGUAUGGCAGUUCAGUCCCUAUUCCAGGCAAUUCUUCGGAGGCACAUACAACUAGUGAGCAGUCACAAAAUGCUGAUGUCGAGAAUAUGAAGAAUGAGAUCCAUGAGUUGAAGAAUGAUGUGAAGGAUGCUGUGGCUUAUAUUCGUGUUUUGGAGAAGCGAAUCAAUGAUAUGGACAAUGGGAG